AUGGAGACCGAAGUAGAUUCUAAGCCAGCUUCAACUCAGCCGGCUGCAAAUGCACCUGUGGAUGGCCCUAAUUCGGUGACAAAUCCAAUCAAAAGGAAGAUUGAUAAGCUGGUGGCCAGCAAGCUGCACAAUGAUCCGGUCAACGCUCAUGUUCAAGAUUUCGCGGAAAAAGUUCGCACAAUGCAUAGAAUUUGCUCGGAUCUUACAAAUAGAAUACAGCAAAACAAAGAGAAAACGCAAGAUCUCCUCAGUAAAACUAGUGCAUUACAAAAUCAGAAAAUCGUUCUUGAGUUUUCCGCUCAUGGCACGAUAAACAGCGAUUUCUUCCCAGCUCUUGCUAGAGCUCGAGAAAUUUACAAUGAUAGUAAGGAACUGCUUCGCAGUAAUGGCGAGCAUUCCGCAGCGUGGCUCCGUGUCGAGCAAGCGCUUGCAGGAGAAACAGAUUCUGUGGUUUUAUAUCGCCUUUCUGCGCUGUUCACUUUUUACUCGGAAAAGAUGACACCAGAGAUCGGUCCAGAGUCCGAACUCUCACGAACAAUUGAUGAACUAAAUCAGCUUACCCUGAAUAUAUUCUACAGUGGUCUCAAUGGAGCAGUACAAAAAAUCCUGUCAAAGAUGGGCGCACCAGAUUACGAUCUUCUCCCAGUGCCGGCAGUUCACCAGAUUUUGAUGCUGUUACGGUAUGGAAGUUUACCUUUGACCUUUUUAUCCAAUACUGCCUUCAGGGAUGUACUAGAAACUCAUGAUGGAGCUAUGGCUGGUCGAACAAAUUCGGAAGAGGAGUUCAACAAGAUCUUCAGCUGCGUGCUGGAUCCACUCUACAGAUCAGUACAAGUAGCCGCUACCCAUCUGCAUUCACCCCUAGGUAAUCUUUGCUUCAAAAUGGUAUCUCAGGUCUACAAAUAUCCUUUAGAUGUUGCUGUCUAUACGCUGAACUGUUUGUCAGCCAUACACUCGCUAGUUAUUCUUUAUCCUUUCACAGAUUCACGAUUAGAGAUGAUCAAAGCGCUGGUAAGCAAUGAAGACGUGCUAGUGUCGGAAGAGGCUUCCACAAUAUUAGCAAACACGGGACUUAUCCAUUUGUAUCAGAAAGCCUCAGCUCAUGACAAGAAUCAAGGUCCGCUAUCUGCUAUUUCUGGGAUGGAUUCUGCCACUGUAAAUAACACGUUGAUACAGUUUGACGCUUACUUAGCGCAGCCAGACAAGUAUCAGCUUGACCAAGUUGCGAAGAUAAGCAGUGCUCGAACUAGGGAAAGCGUAAAGCAGAGAACCGUGGACAAUGUAGUUGCCGCGUACUCGGCUGUUAUCAAGAAAUUGGAAGAUCCCGCGAAUGCUUACGAGAAUGUUUCUUACAAAUCUGUUGAUCAGAUUUGCUCCCGUUGCAUGAAAUUCCAUUAUAGUAGCAAUAUGGUCUACACGUGUCUUCAAAGCUUAUUUGUUCGUUUACUUAACGCGAGGGUACUUGUACGUGAAAAGCGUCUGAUAGAAAUCAGAAAGACUAAGCAAUACUCACCAGUGAAAUUGAAAGAAAAUGAGCUUAAGAAAAACUAG